AUGGCGAAGGAUCACCUACUCCAAGACGAACAUUGCAAUGUCUUGCGCAGUACCAGAGGGCAGCGACUUGGUCUCUGCAUACCGGGUAUGGUGGUCGAUGCAAACGACGAUCCAUCGGUUGCCAUCAUCGGUUGUCAUCGGAUUUUCGCAGGCGAACCGUUGCCCCCAGUAGAAAUUUGGCGCAUGACACGAGUGCCUUUUGGAGCCAAGUCCAGUCCAUUUCUUCUCGCUGCCACUAUACGUCACCACCUGAGAACAGCAGAAGAGACAUACCCACGCACGGCGUCCUUACUUUCCAGCCAUUUCUAUGUGGACGACCUCGUUGUUGGUAUGCCAUCGCCGGAAGAGGCACUUACUGUUUACCACGAGUCGCGGCAAAUCUUCCGCGACGCGGGCAUGAAACUGGUUAAGUGGACGAGCAAUAAUGCUCAUCUCCGGGCUACCUUUGACGCCGAUGGGACAGGAAGUUCGACCACGUCGCCACUAAGGAAGGUCCUAGGAAUUGUUUGGGAUAUCGAGACAGAUGAAAUUCGGUAUCCGUUGAAGUCAAUAUCGGAGUUCCUGGAGCAACGGUCGAAUACCAAACGGUAUGUACUGCAAGCAGUGGCUCGCAUUUAUGAUCCCUUGGGCUAUGUGGCGCCUUUCGUGUUGACAGCCAAGAUUUUGCUACAACGGAUUUGGCUCUCCAAGAUGAGUUGGGACGAAGAACUACCAGAAGACCUGAUGGGAGUGUGGUCGUCUUGGUGCCAGCAGGUGCCUUUAUUGUCUCGCGUCUCAUUACCACGGCGGCUCGGCGGGAAGAUGUCGGAGGGCAGCAUCGCGCUGCAUGUUUUGCGACGCGAGUCCGCGAGCAUAUGUGCGGAUCUUCUUUCGGCAAAGUCUCGGGUGGCCCCGGUCAAAACGGUCUCCUUACCGAGACUCGAGUUAAUGGGUGCCGUCAUCGCGACCAGGCUUAUGAGGUUCUUACAGACGACGUUAUCUCUGUCCACCGUACCCACUGUGUUAUGGACGGACUCUGAGAUAACACUCUACUGGAUUUACGGAUCGACGAACGACUGGGAACCUUUUGUACAGAACCGGGUGUCGGAGAUACGGGCUGGUACGGAGCCUAGUCAGUGGCGCCACUGCCCCGGCAAAGAAAAUCCCGCUGAUCUUCUCACAAGAGGCACUUCAUGCCUCCAAUUGCUGAACAACAGUGCAUGGUGGCAGGGGCCCUCGUGGCUUACGGAUCAAGAGUCUUGGCCUCCAGCGUGGCGUACUCCGGAUGAACCCUGCGUCGAGGUACGAAACGAAACAAAGGCCCAGACGGCGUGCUGUGUACCCAUCUUGGCUACUACUACCCUAAUGGAUGUUGCCAAAUACAGUUCGCUCCACCGGCUGCUGAGAGUUACCGCUUGGGUGUAA